AUGGCUUCAGAGAGAAAGGGAGGCAGGGAGGCCCAGCUCUCCGACAAGGAGCUCCACCAUGCACCUCUGGAGCUCCACUAUGCAUCUCUUCGAAGGCUGCCGGUGCCCAGCACUGAGGAGCCUGACCUUGGGGACGGAGAAGGGGAAGGCCAAAAGGAAGACCCCGGUGCCAACUACGCCUGCAUUGCCAAAAACAAACCCACAUGAGCAUCCCCAGAUGCCUCACUCAAGCCAGGCGGGGCAGGAGGGAGGGUCACCCUGGGGUCCACCCAAUAAAGACCUCGGCCUUGCCACCUUCUG